UUGCACUUCCCACCCUGUGCAAUUGGCGAAACGCCAUACAAAUGAUGAGGACGAUGAGGAGUGGAACGCGCGUCAUGCUGCUUGUGGUGGUGAUCGCGGCGCUCACCACCUGCUGUUGCGGUGGAGGCGGAGAAGCAGCAGGCGGCGAUGCAGUUGGUGGAGGCAAUGGCCAUGGCUCACCGCCAAUCUCGCCUCACCCUGGUGUGUCCACUUCAUACUGGGAGAAGGAUGGAGCGCGUGCAACACAAGGGCUGGCCAUGUUCAUGCAGGUGCCAGGCGACUUGGAGGAUGCCCGCCGCGUGUGCGAUGCCCUCGCGGAGUGCCAAGGCUUCAAUGGCUUCAACACCCUCUACACAUGUGUGAACGCCUCAUGUGGUGUGCCUCUCACACCUGGACCACCAGCUGCCAAGGUCUUUGGCAAGACGACCACACCUCCCGUUGGCCCGCCACCACACAAUGACCCCCCAGCUGUGGAUGACUUCUACUAUCCGAAGGAGGAGCCCGAAGAGCGAUCCAAGCUGGUGAUUCCAACCGUCGUCUCAGCCUCCACAAAGGCACAAGCGGCAAACCUCUCUGUCCCUGGCCAAUCACCAACCACCAUCAAGGUCGAGCACAUGUAUCAUGGCUGGCAGCUGCUGUCGGUGUUUGCCAGACGGCGUUGCGGUGCUGGAGUACAAGUUCUCACGCUGGGCAUUGCUCGUCAUGAGGUGCACAUGCCGCGGCUGCGCCUGCCGCUUGAAGACCGCCGACAGCACGAUAUGAUCAUGGGCACGAUCCUCUCGGGCCUCACCGUCUACCAGGGCCUCAACCCAAACUACGGGACGGGGAUCAACUACUGGUCACCGAUUCUCGCCAACGGCAGCUCGCUCCCGCUGACGACAACAGCGCUCAACAGCGCCCUGCUCGAGUGGGGCCUCGUUGACCUCGCAGCCGACCGCGUUAAAUAUUACUUUGACAACUUUGUGCGGGACAAUGGAACCAUCAACAUGGACGGCUGGAAGGACUACUGCUUCUUCAACAACACGAUCUUUCCUGAUGGCAUUGCGGACUACCCACGCCUGCUGCUCCUCUGGAUUGACACAUCCACAGCAAAGGGCGACCCUGCAUGGACAAAUGCGACACUUCCGCGGGCCAUUGCGCUGUCGAAUGUGCUGCUGGACGCGAGUAUCAAUGCAACAAAGGCAAUACCCGCAGCCAGCCAUCUGCACGGUCUUGUCUUUGGGCCGCCGGAGCACGACACAUGUACAGAUCCAGGCUACUUUCUCCCAACACAGGUGUGGUGGUACCGUGGCAUGCUGGAGAUGUCACGCUAUCUGCGUCGCCUCGGUGUUGCCGGGGAUCUGGCCCGUGAGCUCGCCGCGCACGCUGCUGCUCUUCCCAAUCAGAUCAACACCGCCAUCAAUGCGACCGCCACACGCGACCCACACACGGGCGAGAUUGUGUUCAUUCCGCCUGAGCUGCGCGAUACGAGCCGCACUCCCUUCUCCUCCAUGCUGAGCACCACCCUCUCAGACUACAGCAACUUCCGCUACUGGCCGGAAUCGCUGCUCGCAACAGGAAUGACAGCAGAGGCAGAGACAGCACUCCUCAAAUUCAGGUUUGGGCACCAGGGCACCUUUGGCGGGAUGAGCCGCUUCAAGGAGCGAGCAGAUCACAUGCCCGCGCUCGGGUACGGCUGGUCGUAUCUGACGCACGACAUGACAAGUGACUACCUCCUCUUCCUCUACGCACACAUGGUCAACUACCACUCCCCGGGCACGUUUGGCGCCACAGAGCAGAUGACCAUCAUCAGCAACGACGCAUACCGCUUCUACAUGCUGCAGGACCGCUUUGACGACGAGGAGCGCGACCUUGACUUUUGCGUGCCGUCGACGAUGCUGACGCCGUUGUUGUCCAAGUGGCAGCUGGUGUUCACACCCUUUGACAGCGAUCAGAUCUUCAUUGCGCGCGCCGCCCCAGCGCGAUGGUACACGGCUGAAGGGUUUGGGAUUGACAACGCCCCCGCGCGGCUUGGGAGCGUCUCCUUCAAUGUGACGUCGCCCAGCAGUUCACAGACCUCGGUCACCGUCACGUUCACGCCGGUGAAGCGGGCGCCAGUGGCAAAGACGUUGGUGGUGCGCGUGAAGAACGCUGGUGCAACAGCAGCGCAAAUCAAGGCAGCCACAGUGCACGCACAAGAUGACUGCGCCUCUGUGUCCUCGAUUGCACACGCCACAUCCGACGUGCACAUCACCCUCACCUCAGCCACAGCGACUUGCUCGUUCACCCUGCACUGCUCGCUGAUGUAA